AUGACUUUGACGGAGUUGGUGAGCGCUGAGGUGUUCAAGCUGUUGCAGCCGAAGCUUCCCGAGGGGAUCAAGCAGCGCUCGAUCCAGCUAACUAAACGCGACGAGAGCGAUAUCAAGGAGCACGUCAUGAAGGACCUCCGAAGCCUCGUGCACCUGCUCGUAGACAUCAUUGGUAAAACCUACGACGAACUCCCGUACAAGGUCUAUGGAGAUGUGGCAAAGAAGACUGCAAAAAGUCUCUGCUUUGCUUUGAGUAAAAGAAACACUAGCGUCCGACUCCCCAUGGAACUAAGUGAAACCCUGCUCGGAAGACUGGAGUGGGCAUUCACCGAGACUGAAUAUCGUGGCACUGCACCCAAAAGGUUUCGAGCCUACAUGAAGAGAUGCUGGAAGGAAUAUCAGCUCCACCCCGACGACUAUGAAGCCCCUCUGGUACAGAGCUCCGGCUUCGGCAAGAGUCGACUCGUACGUGAAUUAGCACUGACUACGAGCAAAGAGGAGGAAGGAUGCAUGGGAGUACUCUACACAUGUCGUCGUAAGGAAGGAUCAACUGGCUACCCAUUGGAUACACCAACGCUGCAGCAAUGGCUCUUCGGUGCGGACGAAGCUGCGCUGAUCGACCGCCUGGUCACCAUCUACAUCUACGCACAGGAGCAUUGGGACGAUGGUCGAGAUAAGUGGCUCAACCUGUUCACUCUACAGUCUCCAACGAUAGAGCAGAACUUGAGCCUCGACUACAACAACGGUACCAUGUUUGGUGUUGCGUCCAUGCUGCCCCGAUUGGGCGUGCGCCUUCGCGCUUCUUCGCCGCUGGCAUCGCGUUUUGUUGCCGAUUUCAUGGCAGUUCUCGCGUAUACCAAUUGGCAAAAUGACGGCCACGUGGUCAGUUAUGCGUCGGACGCGGUGGUGUCACUUGGCGCCGCGUACGUAUGGCACUCGGUGGAACCAGUAUUCCGUAAGUGCAUUCUACCGCAGCUCAAGAAGUUGCUGCUGAACAAAGACCUUGUCGCUGGUGGUGCUGGAGAGGUGGAGGACAACGCAGUUGCUCGAAAGAAAAUACGAGAAGAAUUUGAGAAAUGGCGAUCGCAAUGGAGCGACUGGCAACUGGGCUUCUCCCACUUCGUGUCGCUGGAACUGGAGCCGAACGAGGACACGCUGUGGUUUUUGCUUGGGCGCUACGCCGCUGGCAUUUUCCCGUGCAAACAGAAUGGGGUCUAUCUGGUGAUUCCGAUGUUCCGGAAGUCGAAGCUGAGAGAGAAGGCAUUGCAUCAAGCGAACUAUGAGUCGGCGGAUGAGGAUGCGAUGGGAGUGUCGAUGAUCUUGAUUCGAGUGGCCGAUGACGAUAACGACGCUAAGCUCGAUGAGCGGACCGCAACCGAGUUGUCGCCUGCGUAUGUGUUUUCUCCUGAAAACCCGCUGCAUCAGAAGUCGUGCAACCAAGUGAUACGCGUCUGUAUGGGUCUGCAAGAAUCCCCGGGAGAAUUUGUUUAUGCCGAUCGUUUACAACGAUUGCGCGUGUUGCAGAUGCACCAACGCAAAGUGCGCUCUCGUAUGCGUUUACGUACUUCACUCGCCCCAUUUCUAACGCAAAAAUCGUAG